AUGCCUAAGGCGAAACGUGGCGUUGGCCGGCCAAAGGCGGCGGCGCAACCGAAAGCGGUGGAACGGACGAUAGUUACACAAGCGAGGAUUGAACCUGAGUUACCAGUGACACCUAAACCACCUGAUACAACGGUGGCCCAUGAUGACCAGAUGAACACCAAACCAUCUGUUGAGCCUCUGCCACCACCAAAACCAUGGGUUGAGAUUAUUCAAGGGAACAGAGAUCUUUCGAGGGGGAUGGCGGUGGAAUAUAUUGCCCCUACUCUGCUUAAUGUAGACAUUGAGAUUAACAUUGAGGAAACGGAUGUUGCGCAGGAGCUGGAAUUCUGGGAAUAUGCUGUUAUUCUCUUCACGCUAGGAGGAAACCUAACGAUGACUGCAGUGCGUAAAUUCAUGGAGACUUCGUGGAACUUUGUAGCUUUGCCGAAUCUUUACUAUAAUGAUGCUGGAUAUUUUAUUGUAAAGUUCAAGAGCUAUGCAGAUAUGGAGAAGGUCAUGGCGCAGGGUCCAUACUUCAUCUAUGGGAAACCCUUGUUCCUGAAACCUUGGACACCUGAUUUUGAAAUUAAGGAGGACUUGCUACGGGUACUACCAAUAUGGAUUACUCUCCCUAACUUACCACUUCAUCUCUGGGGAAAAAGUAGCAUUUCGAAGAUUUCUAGUGCUAUUGGCAAACCGAUAACUACUGGUGAAUGCACGGCACAGAAGCUGAGGAUUUCGUAUGCCAGGGUGUUGGUAGAGGUGGAUAUCACACAGAAACCUAGAGACUCUAUUGUCAUCAAGGACCACCUGGGGAAAAAGAUAGAGCAGCGAAUUGAAUAUGAGUGGAAACCGUUGUACUGUCAUUCAUGCUUGAAAGUUGGGCAUGACUGCUCUGUGAAGAAGGUUAGUGUGAAGCAAGCUCCUAAGGUGUGGAAACCUAAGCUUAAAACUGAUGAACCUGGAGUGGUGGAACCCCCUGCGAACAUUGGCAAGAGUGAUAAACCUGGUGAAGAGAAUGAGACACAAAAGGAGUCGCAUAGUGAGGAGAAUUGGACAGUGGUUACAAAGAAGGGGAAGACACCUAUGGCUACUCCUAAGGAUAAUAGUGCUGUUCUAUUCCCUAAUCCAUUUACCCACCUUAGGAUUGGAGACUGUCCUAUAGGAGGACAAAGCUCUGUUCAAUGA